GAAAAUAUAAGGGAAACCAAGGAGGGAAUGCAAAUAUGGAAAAAAAUAAAAAUGUAAUUAGUGUUUCCUUGUUUGUCUCCACUUAAAAACCACACAGACAAUACGAAGAAGACGACUGCUUCCUCUCUAAUGGUUAGGUCGUGACAAAAACUUCUUCCCAGCGCGGCGCCAUUAUAACGCUGCGUUUUACCGUCGCCUCCCUUCUUUUUCCUUCGCCUAAUUCUUCUCUAAGUCGCCAUCUUCGUCUCUAGAAUUGUUUCCUGCCAUUAAUGUCGCUCUCCCUUAACCCCUAGCUCGCAUUCUCUUCUCUCCCUCUGUAAACCCUAGUUGACUCUUCUCUCUUGUAGCGAUUCGAAAUGGAUCCAUGUCCAUUCAUCCGUCUUACGAUCGGGAAUCUAGCUUUGAAAGUUCCGUUAGCCGCGAAGACGACGAGCUCCGUCGUGCAUCCUUCGUCUUCUCCUUGCUUCUGUAAAAUCAAGCUCAAAAACUUCCCGCCGCAAACCGCCGCAAUCCCGUACAUUCCUCUGGAAACAACUCAGUUCCCGGAGAUCCAAACCCUAGCCGCCACGUUCCACCUCAGUAGCUCCGAUAUCGAACGGUUAGCUUCCAGAUCUAUCUUCGCCUCUAAGCCGUGCCUUAAGAUUUUGAUCUACACGGGAAGAGGCGGAGCAGCUUGCGGUGUACACUCAGGUCGUCUCCUGGCGAAAGUCUCCGUGCCGUUGGAUCUAUCUGGUACGCAAUCGAAACCGUGCGUCUUCCACAACGGAUGGAUAUCAGUCGGGAAAGGAGCUGGGAAAUCCUCGUCGUCGGCUCAGUUUCACCUGAAUGUGAAGGCGGAGCCUGAUCCUAGAUUCGUCUUUCAGUUCGACGGUGAGCCUGAAUGUAGUCCUCAGGUCGUUCAGAUUCAAGGCAAUAUCCGGCAACCGGUUUUCACAUGCAAAUUCAGUUUCCGGCACACCGGUGAUCGUACUCAGAGAUCAAGAUCGUUGCCGACUGAGACAAGUGUUCCACGGAGCUGGCUAAAUUCGUUUGGGAGCGAGAGAGAACGUCCCGGGAAAGAGCGCAAAGGAUGGUCCAUAACUGUCCACGACUUGUCUGGUUCUCCGGUGGCCAUGGCUUCAAUAGUGACUCCCUUCGUUGCAUCUCCUGGAACCGAUCGUGUGAGCAGGUCAAACCCGGGGUCGUGGCUCAUCUUACGUCCCGGAGAUUGCACCUGGAGACCUUGGGGGAGACUCGAAGCAUGGCGGGAACGCGGUGGAGCCACUGAUGGGCUAGGUUAUAGGUUCGAACUCAUCCCAGAUGGAUCGAGCGGCGCAGGAAUCGUGCUUGCGGAAUCAACCAUCAGUUCUCACAAAGGUGGGAAGUUCUCAAUCGAAUUGGGAUCGUCUUCUUCGUCAUCGCCAACAGGUGGAGUGAACCGAUCAAGAAGCCGCAGAGGUGGGAGCGGCGGAAGCGGUGGUGGAGCGUCUCCGGCCAAUAGUCCGAGAGGAGGGAGCGGCGAUUACGGUUACGGAUUGUGGCCGUGGAACGUGUACAAAGGGUUUGUGAUGUCAGCAAGUGUGGAAGGUGAAGGAAAAUGUAGUAAGCCUUGUGUAGAGGUAAGUGUGCAGCACGUUAGCUGUAUGGAAGAUGCGGCUGCUUACGUGGCGCUGUCUGCAGCCAUUGAUCUUAGCAUGGAUGCUUGCAGGUUGUUUAAUCAACGGAUGAGGAAAGAGCUUUGCCAUGAGUCAUUGAGCUGAAGGAAAAGAUAAGGAUUUCAAUUUUUUGUUUUUAAUUUCUGAAAUUUUUAGAGUCACGAAAAAUGGCCUUGGGGGUAAUUUUUCUUUUUUUGAAAAAUAAAUCUUCCGGUAAGGCACUAACAAAAUAGGUUGUACAUAGUGAGUUUCUAUUUUGGAGUUUGUGUGGGUUUGUAUUGGGUUUUUUUUUUCCUGGGUUUGGUUGUAAGAGUGAGUUUCUUGAUCACUCUUCUUUUGCCUUUGAUUUGAUUAUGUAAGUGUAUAAAUUAGAAAAAAUCCAAUUUAGAAUCUCUUGGUGUAAAAAAGACACAUGAGAUUGUUGCUUGGUUUGCUUUUUUUGUUCC